UCCUCUAUGAUUCCGUAGUAUUGGAUUCCAUAGAGACGGGCAAGCAUAUUUUUUGUUGUUGCCAGAUAGCUAACAAGCUAUACCUCAUAGAAGAAGCGAACCAAUCUAACACCCAAGAUAAGGAUCCAGAAGACUUCCUUGUUUGAUUGAGUGCCACAACACGAACAAACGAUGUCCUUUAGAGACUUACGAAAUUUCACAGAAAUGAUGCGGGCUCUGGGCUAUCCUCGCUUGAUAUCCAUGGAGAACUUCAGGACCCCCAACUUUACCCUGGUGGCAGAAAUUCUCAUUUGGCUUGUGAAAAGAUAUGAACCGCAAAUGGAUAUACCGAGUGACGUGGACACGGAGACAGACAGGAUUUUCUUCAUAAAGGCAGUGGCCCAAUUUAUGGCAACAAAGGCUCACAUCAAGGUGAACACAAAGCGUCUGUACCAGGCUGAUGGCUACGCUGUGAAAGAGAUGUUGAAGAUCACCUCAGUGCUGUACAGUGCCAUGAAGACCAAGGAGAUGGCCUCAGGGGACAAAGUGGAGGAGGACAAUAGCAAAUUCAAGUUUGACUUAGGUUCCAAGAUUGCAGACCUGAAGGCAGCGAGACAGCUGGCCUCGGAGAUCACGUCUAAAGGAGCGUCGCUUUACGACCUGCUGGGGAAGGAGGUGGACCUGAGGGAGAUGAGAACUGCUGCCAUCUCCAGACCCUUGGAGAUCAAUGAGACAGAGAAGGCCCUCAGAGCAGCCAUCAAGGAAGUUUUGGAAAGCGUGGAUAAAACCAAAGACAUGCUGAACAACGUGUCCUCAGAUGAGACCAGCCUGGAAUCCAAAAUGGAGAAGAAGAAACAGGAGCUGGAGAGGAAUCAGAAGAGACUCCAGACUCUACAGAGUGUACGGCCAGCAUUCAUGGAUGAGUAUGAAAAGAUUGAGGAGGACCUGCAGAAGCAGUACGAGACCUACGUGGAGAAGUUCCGUAACCUGAGCUUCCUGGAGCAGCAGCUGGAGGACUACCAUAGACUGGAGCAGGAUAGGUUUGAGGAGACUGAGAACACCCUUAGGAUGAUGCAGCACAAACUGAGGGAGGAGGAGAGGAGGCUGAUGAGGAGUGGAGCCAAAGACGAGGACUCCGAUAUGGACAUCCCUGAGGACGAGGGUUCAGACAGUGAUAUGGAGGAUCGCAGACCCUCUAAACCCCGUCCCACCAGAAAUGGCCCUAUGACAGGGAGAGGCGGAGCGCGGCUCGUCGGCAACAUGCAGGGUGGAGACAGCGAGGAGGUCAGUAAAGGGACAGAGGACAGCGAAAUAGACGUGGACGAGGAUGAUGAUGACGAUGAGGAAGGUGAGGAGGAGAAUGAGGACCUGGAGGACGACAACGACAGUCUAGAUGUCCCGGCGCCCAAGCCAUCCCGUCCCUCCAGGGGACCCUUGAGGCCCCAGCUAUUAGAGGAGAGCGAUAACGACUUUUAAGCUGACACACACACACAUCCACCCACACUGUAUUACAGCUCGUGAGCACUGAGGACAAACAAAACACUUUAUUCCAUAUAACCUAAUAAUGUAAUCAUAUAAUAAACACUCUGUCCAAUCUGA